AUGAUGCGCACCCUCAGUGCGACUUCCGCCGCUACUCCUUCGAUGGACUUCGCUGCACUCCACGAUAUUAUGCGCGACCACAUACACCGCGGCAACAAUUUUGCGGUGUUGGCGACACUCGCCCUCAGCGUUGUCCACGAGAAUCCCGCCUUCUGGCAGACGUGUACAUACCGUAACGGCAUUGCGGCGGCUGUGCUUGCCUCGUGUAUAGAGAGACGUGGAACAAAACACCUGCAAAGUGAAGCUGGUGCGACAGAGACUAGCACUGCCUCCACCGCAGAGGAGGGGCCUCUGACGGAGAGUGAGUUGUACAUUUUGCUGCGGCGAAUUGACGAUAACGACGCUAUCCUUCGUCGUGUCAUUGAUCAACUAGAAGAAGGGUCUGCGCCUUCAAACCAUGAUGAUAUGGAAUCCUCAGACCCUCGGUCAGUUGAAACACAGAUAGAUCUUGAUAUGUUAUGUGCGGUGCUGCGGGAGCGGUGUAGAAGCUGCAAUGAAGAACGCGAUCUGAUUGGAGACACGGGUGCUGCGUCGUCCUCUGCGACUACUACCAGAAUGUUGAAGCGUCCACGCGGAUCUGAUGCCGCGGAGGAGCGACAUGUCGUUUUUACUAAAGAGUCGACUUCGACCAGCACUGCAGACGACAGCCGCGGUGAAGUUGACAGCGACGCGCUGAAUGUUCUGGCCCAACUACCCGCGUUGCCGGGCUCCACACGUGCCGUGGCUUCCUUUGACGCUGUGGGGGAUUUUGUCAACCAGGGCGAUGGCGAGCGAGUGGAAACCGGAAACCAGAGAUUUGGAUGCCGCAGUUUCCACUGCGAAGAAGCCAUGGGCUGUGCCCCCAUUGUGGAGUUGCGUCCAAGGCAACGACGCCACAAGUUCACCCCUGAGGAGGACGAGGCCAUUCUGCGAGGCGUUGCACGUUAUGCGCAGGGAAUCGGCAGGUUCGAGAGUAUCUUCUAUGCCUACCGCGGUGUGUGGCACCCUGAUCGGACGCCUACGCAGCUGCACGAUCACUGGCGGGGAACGCUUCGGCAGCGAGCGGUUCUUGAGCAGGGUGGAUAUCGGGGGAAGAACAGUCUCGCAUCCCGCCGGGGUGGUGGAGGAAAUAUUGUGGACAGUGAUGUUGCUGGAAAUGAGAAAGGGAGAUAG